GGUGGCGCAAGGGUGGACGUGGCAAAGCGACCGGCUGGCGGGAGAAGAUGGCGGCGGAGCGGAGCUCGCUCGGGGCUAGAACCGAGGUCUGGGUCGGAGUAAGAUGCGGAACACGGCGCGGGCCGACCCUCUUGUUCCCGCUAUUGCUCCUGCUCGGCUUGGCGGCCCGCGGCUCUGCUCUUUACUUCCACAUCGGGGAGACGGAGAAGAAAUGCUUCAUCGAGGAGAUCCCGGACGAGACCAUGGUCAUAGGGAACUACCGGACCCAGCUGUAUGACAAGCAGCGGGAGGAGUACCAGCUUGCUACCCCCGGCCUGGGCAUGUUCGUGGAAGUUAAAGACCCGGAUGACAAGGUUAUUCUUUCCAGGCAAUAUGGCUCAGAGGGCAGAUUCACUUUCACUUCACAUACUCCUGGGGAGCACCAGAUCUGCCUACACUCCAAUUCUACCAAGUUUUCUCUCUUUGCCGGAGGCAUGCUGAGAGUUCACCUGGACAUUCAGGUAGGCGAACAUGCCAAUGACUAUGCAGAGAUUGCUGCCAAAGACAAGCUGAGUGAGCUGCAGCUUCGAGUUCGGCAGCUAGUGGAGCAAGUAGAACAGAUCCAGAAGGAGCAGAAUUACCAGAGGUGGCGGGAAGAACGGUUUCGCCAGACCAGUGAAAGCACUAAUCAACGAGUUCUGUGGUGGUCCAUUGUCCAGACCCUCAUCCUCGUGGCCAUUGGUGUUUGGCAGAUGAGGCACCUCAAGAGUUUCUUUGAAGCCAAGAAGCUGGUGUGAAGGGCCCUGGAGAAAAGGGCAAGUGAGAAUUUCUUCCCAGAAGAAAGCAGGACUCAUGGGACUGUCUUUGGCUUAUCCUGCCCUAUAUCUGGCCACAGCCAAUGCUCCAUUCUGCUGGCUCUGAUGGGAUGUGGAAAGCCUGGAACAUUUUCCUGCUUCCCUGGGCAGCUCUCUUGCUCUCAUGCAAAGUGAAAGAGCUUGGAGAAUGGUUUCUUUCUAUCAGUGUAGGGAAAGAGGAUGGGUUUCCAAUCAAAAGGAAACCCACUCUCCUCCCCUGGCUAAUUUUGCCUCUGCUUUUGACUGACUCUGGAAAGAGUUUAUUGGCAGCUUGUAUCCUCAUCCUGGAGGAUGCUUGCAACUAGCUUUAUUGUCUUGCUGAUAAGGUGCCUGGACUGAGGCUAGCUCUUCCCCUUUGGGCUUGGUGCCCUUUACUUGGGCUCUUUGCAGUAAUGCCCCUGGGGAAUGGGCCUAAGAGAAAUUGCUGCUGGUGAAAGGGACUCCCAGGCUUUCAGCACUUCUGAAACACCAGUGUUAACUUUUCAGGGAUUGAGAAUUGGCUUUUGUUUUCCUUUUGUCUUCAUUUGUUGGUUUGUGUCUUUGAAAUUGGGCAGGAAUAUAGACAGCUUGAGGUCUUUGUUAUUCUCUGCCCUUGACAAUUGAGUCUGGUUCUCCUUAUUGGGAUACCCCUCUCAGGUAGUUCCACCCCAGUAAAAUGUAUAGUGGGGGAAAUGAAAUUUUGGCAUGGGUGAAUUGAUUUCACUGAGCCCCUUUCAGAGUUCAGUUUAUUCUCUUUAGGUUCUGGGUUAGAAGGAAUGGAAUCUGACCGAGUGGCUUAAGCACUGGGUAGAGGGGAAUGGGGUUGCAGGAAUUUUAGUUACAGGGGUUUCAUUGUGAAUACCUCCUGGUUUGUUACAUGGAUUUCCCAAUAAAAAACAUUUUUGGCCUGGUG